AUGGUUCUUGAGGCUACAAUGAUAGCCAUUGACAACUCCGAGUACAUGCGGAACGGAGAUUAUGCCCCUUCAAGAUACGACGCUCAAUUGACAGCCAUGGAGUUUAUCUUCCAGAGUAAAGUCAACUCUAACCCCGAGAACACCGUUGGCUUACUACUGUACGGAGACAAGGGACCUCAGAUUCUUUCUACUUUAACCACCGAUUUCGGUAAGAUCCUUUCUGGAUCUCAUGAGGUGAGCAUAAGCGGCCAGAGUCAUUUUUGUAGUGGGAUCCAAGUGGCAGCUUUGGCCUUAAAACAUCGCCAAAAUAAGGUUCUGCAUCAAAGAAUUGUUAUUUUUGUUGGCAGUCCAAUCGAAGAAAGCGAUAGGGAAUUAGAGAAGUUGGCAAAGAAAAUGAAAAAGAACAACAUUGCUAUCGAUGUUAUAAAUUUUGGUGAAGAGGGUGUCAACUCCGAUAAGUUGGAUCGAUUCCAACAGAUAAUAAAUAAUCAAGACAACUCUCAUUUAAUAACCGUCCCCCCCGGUCCUCGAAUGCUCUAUGAAGCCAUUGCCACCUCGCCUAUAUUGAUGGAAGAGGGAUUUGAUAUGGGUAGUGGCAAUGGUGGCGGGGGAGGGUACGAUCCAUUCGGGGAUAUCAUGGAUCCGAACGCCGACCCGGAUUUGGCUUUGGCCUUGAGACUUUCUCUAGAGGAAGAAAAGGCAAGACAAGAACGUGAGGCCAAAAAGGAGGAGCACCAACCGCUGAAGGAUGAACCGUUGGAGAAAAUAGACGAAUCAAAGGAAGAUGAUAAAGAUGAUGAUCAUGUGAUGGAAGAGAAUAAUACACAAUAG